AUGGCGGCCACCACCACCCACGCCCCCUCCCUCUCCUUCCUCCUCUCCCACCCCCACUCCGCCUCCCCCCAGCUCCGCCUCCGCCCCUCUCCCCACCACCGCCUCCGCUGCGCCACCGACGCCGCCGCGGCCCCGGCCGCCCCCGCCAAGAACCGGCGCCCGGCGGACGAGAACAUCCGCGAGGAGGCGGCGCGGCACCGCGCCCCGAGCAACGACUUCUCCGCCUGGUACGAGCCCUUCCCGCCGGGCCCCGACGGCGACCCGCACGAGCGCUACUCCCUGGACGAGAUCGUGUACCGCUCCAGCUCGGGGGGCCUCCUCGACGUGCGCCACGACAUGGCCGCCCUCGCCCGCCACCCGGGCUCCUACUGGCGGGACCUCUUCGACUCCCGCGUCGGCCGCACCACCUGGCCCUACGGCUCCGGCGUCUGGUCCAAGAAGGAGUUCGUGCUCCCCGGGAUCCACCCCGACCACAUCGUCUCCCUCUUCGAGGGCAACUCCAACCUCUUCUGGGCCGAGCGCCUCGGCCGCGACCACCUCGCCGGCAUGAACGACCUCUGGGUCAAGCACUGCGGCAUCUCCCACACCGGCUCCUUCAAGGACCUCGGCAUGACCGUGCUCGUCAGCCAGGUCAACCGCCUGCGCCGCGCCCCGCUCUCCCGCCCCAUCGCCGGGGUCGGAUGCGCCUCCACGGGGGACACCUCCGCCGCGCUCUCCGCAUACUGCGCCGCCGCCGGAAUCCCAGCCAUCGUCUUCCUCCCCGCCAACCGCAUCUCCCUCGAGCAGCUCAUCCAGCCCAUCGCCAACGGCGCCACCGUGCUCUCCCUCGACACCGAUUUCGACGGCUGCAUGCGGCUCAUCAGGGAGGUCACCGCUGAGCUGCCCAUCUACCUUGCCAAUUCCCUCAAUUCCCUCCGGCUCGAGGGGCAGAAGACGGCCGCCAUUGAGAUACUGCAGCAGUUCGACUGGGAGGUGCCCGAUUGGAUCAUUGUCCCAGGAGGCAAUCUCGGAAACAUAUAUGCCUUCUACAAGGGCUUCGAGAUGUGCCGUGCUCUUGGUCUCGUUGAUCGUCUGCCACGGCUUGUCUGCGCACAGGCCGCCAAUGCCAACCCACUGUACAGGUACUACAAGUCAGGAUGGACCCAGUUCCAGCCACAGGUGGCUGAGCCAACGUUUGCGUCUGCCAUUCAGAUCGGUGACCCGGUGUCGGUCGACCGUGCUGUCGUUGCGCUCAAGGCCACGAACGGCAUCGUCGCGGAGGCCACAGAGGAGGAGCUCAUGAAUGCCAUGUCUCUCGCUGACCGCACAGGAAUGUUUGCCUGCCCGCACACCGGGGUCGCUCUUGCGGCGCUCUUCAAGCUCAGGGAAGACCGUACCAUCGGGCCAAACGACCGCACUGUGGUCGUCAGCACCGCGCACGGUCUCAAGUUCUCGCAGUCCAAGAUCGACUACCAUGACAAGAAGAUCGAGGACAUGGCCUGCAAGUAUGCUAACCCACCCGUUAGCGUGAAGGCCGACUUUGGUGCUGUCAUGGACGUUCUCAAGAAGAGGCUCAAGGGUAAGCUCUGAGCCUGCCCUCUUGCUGCUGACCCUUCCAAUUGGCUGCUGGAAUUCAAUUGUCUUAUGCAUCUGGUUCAAAUGUGAUUGGUUUGCCGUGGAGCAAUGGAACCCUUGAUUUGAAAUCUUUUAGGUGAGACUCUUCUAGGUGCUCUGCGGAGAAUGGUUAGGGAGUGGGGUUAUCUCUUGUACUGUGUUGUUUUCUAUGGAUAAUAAACAAGUGUCUUGCUGGUCAUUCAAUAAAGAUCAUUCAGUCUGUGUGC